AUGUCUUCUAGCGAGAAGGAGAGAGAGGCACAGGAGACGGGUGUGUCGCCGUCGAAACCGGCAGAUGAAAAUGCGGUGGAGCCGGCAGCGAGUGAGAACCCUGCGGCGGAGGAGGAGAACCAAGACCGCAGGCUGGUCACGCUCGUGCACUUACAGCAAAAUUUUGGCGUCAUGUCUCGGGUGUUGGAGCGGGAAGUGUUCCGACGGGGGCUGAUCAAUAGUAGUGUGGAGGAAACGUACUCGGUAUUUUUCCAGGUGAGCAGCCUGCUGAUGGAGAUGUUUAGAAUGGAGAUUGAUCCACGGGUUCUACGCGCGCAGCUUUUGGAUAUGCUGCUUGCCAUCCUGGAACCAACGUACGGCGCCGAUCACACGCGGAUGUUGAUGACUAUAAUUGAGCGUUCCGCUAAUGACUUAUUCUUGUUCCAGGCGAUCCUGUCGUCGACAUCGCUUGAUGCCUUGGUCCAAAGGGUGCAAGAGAUCAUGAACCCACCGGCACGUUCUUCAGGGUCGAAUAUGAGUGGUGGAGUAUCCGGCAACUAUAACAGUCUGCCAACUGAAAAUGUUCGUGGUUUACAGCUGGGAUACAACAAUCCUCCAGCUGCGGUGCGCCUCCCAUACGGAGACUUCAGUAAGGAACGCCGAGGAGAACAACUAGGUGAGCCAAAUGUGCCUCGAAAUGCAAACGCAUACACAGAGGGUAGCAACGCACCAGCGUCUAGCCAACCCGAGGAUGAUGCUAUGCCAACGGUAAGCUCUGGUUGGGGGAAUGCGCAGCGGAAGUAUACUGAUCACGACCGCGAUGUGCCUAUCCACCAUCACCACCACCACCUUCAUCAUCAUCGUCUUCCUUUCAACCAGUAUGUGCAUCAACAGCGGCAUCAACUCCCCAAUGUAGCCCAGAAUCACCAGGUGGUUGUUGGGAGUGGCCCAAUGGGAUUGCAGCCACCUCAACCGCAGCAGCACCAGCAACAGCAACAGCAGCAGCAGCAACAGCAACAGCCAGAACUCUCUCAGGGUGGUCCAUACCCGCGCGCGCCGGUAUCACAAGGUCCAUUCAAGCGGGUGGGGGAUCGCGUGCCCCCGAACGCACCGGAACCUGAUGACCCGCAUGCACACGGGGCGAUGUGGCGUGGUGCAGUGCCUCCGUCUGGACCGCCGUUGGAGCCGGUAGCUGUGCCGCAGCCCUCGUAUCACCCGCAAAAUUCCCCGCCGACGCCACACUCCAGCCAUAAUCCGCAUCAUCACCAAGUUGUGUCUCCGAACUCUCCUUCGCAUCCAAGAAUGCUUGUCCAGCACCGGCACACCAUCAACCAUUUCUUCCCACCUGGCUCCAUGGGGAAGCAAAUGGCACCGCAGCCCACCACCCAGAUGACUCCGCAGACGAUGCCGCAGCCAGCUACAGCAGCCCCGCCACCGAACUCCCAGAGGGUGGUGGUGCAUCAUCAUCAUCAUCAUCAUCAUCACCAUUUUCACCACCACCACGAUCUUUCACUUCAGCAGCCAGGGAUACCAAGAGUCUCUCCUCCGCCACACACGAACCUUCACGCUGUGAAACAAGAGGCUGUAGCCCAACCGGAAUCGAAGCCAGUCGCCCACAAUGUAGAGACAGCAGCGCCUCAGCUUAAGCCUCACUUUCAUCAUCAGAUAUCAUUUCAACAUCUCAAGGUGCUACGUCCACCAACCACACAGAUGAAUGCACCAACAUCGGUAGGAGGAGUUGCGGCAGAGCCGCCCUCUCAUGGGCUGAUGAUACCAACGCAUCAUCAUUCGAUACACAACUUCCAACAAAAUCGACCAGUGGUUCCGCCGCAGCAUCAAUAUCGACAAUCGGCGUCAUCAGCUCCCGCACCGAUGUCUAUUGACGCGCUUAGCGACGAGGAGAUGAACUGGGCCUCCCCGCACGCGGCCUCUAUGCUCCCCAUGACACAGGAACUUCGCUGCUUUUUCCGUGACCGUAGCGUGCCUGAGGCUGUCAUCAACGCUCUCGUAAAGCUGUCCCUCACAUUAGACGAGUUGCUAGCUAUACCUCGAGAAAUGUUCGAAGAGCAGCUAAAGAAAGAGGUUGUCUCUGUCCACAGUCGGCAAUAUGUUUGGAGUGUUCUGCACCCUAACGAAAAGCCACUCUCUGAGAAGGAUGGGCCUGAGCUGCACGAAUUGCGCAACUUCAUCCACAAUAAUUCCAUCCAUAACAAUAUGGCGCCUGAUGGAGGAGAAGAAGAUAGUGCAAUGUCCAGGCGUGGUCGUCAGACCAAGGCCAUGCUUCAAGUUCCCCAACCUAGAACGUCUCAGAGUAAGCAACAGCAGCAGCAACCUGGAAAGGGAGGUGAGUACAAGGCGGUCAUCUGGCUUUCCGGUGUUAAUUCAGGGAAUCCUCAUCUUGUUUUCGAAGAAUUGUCGAGGUACGGCAAAGUGUUGCAGCACGGUCCAUCUUCCCAGAAGACUGAUUUGAUCUACUGCAAACUGGGGGAUCACAAGAAUGAGCUGCAAACGAUGCGUAAGAUAGGGGGUGCUGUCGUUGAAGAGUUCUAUCGUGUCUCUCCCAGAGAUAUAGGCGACGGAGCUCCACCAACGCCGACUGGGCGCUCAGAAGAGGGCGAGAACAAUGGCAGCAGUAAGGCGCGCCACAAGGCGGGUGGAAGCGCCAACCCUUACCCAUCGCCACCACAGCAGCAGCAACAACAAUCACUGCACCGUGGUGGAUACGGAGAGGGCGACGAAGAGGAUAUCGAUGGAGAUGAGGGAAGGGGUCACCGUAAAGGAGUGCGGCACUCUAGGGGACGCGGGCGUGGUGGGCACCAUAACUACCACCCCCACCGGCACUCUGAGGGCAAUAAUCAGGUGAUCUGCAAGUUCUUCAGUAAGGGUAUCUGCAAGUUCGGUGAUCAGUGCCAGUACUUCCAUCCAGCGAAGAGCUCGAGCCGUUCGUAA